UGCCUGCAACAAUAUGAAGCGAUUAACCUGAACUUGGCUUGUGACCUACCUCUCUCCUCUGGAGCUGCUGGACCCUGCCCUGCAUCAGUGUAGCUGGUCCUUCUCCUAGUUAUGGUAUUUUGCUUCCUAUUGAGUUUCAUCCUAUUUCUUUUUUUUCCAGCCCGUUUCUCCAGUCUCCUGAGAGAACGGUGAAUUCUUCUCCAGCGCGCGCUUGCACCUCCUCUAGCUUCCCACCUCACAGCUGCAGAAAGCACUAUUGCAAUUGCCAGAAGUGUUCGUGGAAAUGUGGACUAAACCUGGACCCACCACAGGUCCCCAGGAAACCUUGCUCGAUCCAACCUCUGAUACCUCCCAGAGUGAGUUGUCCGUGCAGUUUUGCGCCAGUGCUGUAGAGGUUCGCCACCAUCGUGUUUCCCAAGCUGGCUUCCAACACUUGGAGACACUUAGAAAGCUGAGAUGAGACCCUUGAAGCCCACAGGUCUGUGGCUCUGCUGGAGGAAGCUAGGUUGACCUCAUGCAACUUGGUCUUGGUAGAUCCCCUCUGGCUGUAGCGCACCUUGGGUUUGUUUGUGGAUUAUUUGUUCCAGGAUUUUCCAGGAACCCGUGGCUAGAGGCCACCACGGAAUUAAGGGACUUUUUUGCCAAAGCCCGAAACGGUUCGGUUCGGCUCAUCAAGGUCAUCAUCGAGGACGAACAGCUUGUGCUGGGAGCCCACAAAGAGCUGUCCCGGCGCUGGGACGCUGACUACGAUGCCUUCGUGCUGCCCUUGCUGGAUGAGCAGCAGCCCUGCUACGUGCUGUACCGCCUGGACAGCCAGAACGCCCAGGGCUACGAGUGGCUCUUCAUCUCCUGGUCCCCCGACAGCUCCCCGGUCCGGCUGAAGAUGUUGUACGCCGCCACCAGAGCGACGGUGAAGAAGGAGUUUGGUGGUGGGCAUAUAAAGGAUGAGAUGUUUGGAACGGUGAAGGAGGACGUGUCUCUGAGUGGUUACCAAAAGCACGUGUCCUCCUGCUCCGCCCCAGCCCCGCUGACCGCAGCUGAGCAGGAGCUCCAGCAGAUCCGCAUCAACGAGGUGAAGACGGAGAUCAGCGUGGAGAGCAAGCACCAGACCCUACAGGGCCUGGCCUUCCCCCUGCAGUUGGAUGCUCAGCAAGCUAUCCAGGCGCUCAAGCAGAAGAAAAUCAACUACAUCCAGCUGAAGCUGGAUCUGGAGAGGGAGACCAUUGACCUGGUGCACACGAGCCCCACGGAGAUCGCUGACCUGCCCAAGAGGAUCCCCCAGGACUCUGCUCGCUACCAUUUCUUCCUGUACAAGCACUCACAUGAGGGAGACUACCUGGAGUCUGUUGUCUUCAUCUACUCCAUGCCUGGGUACAAAUGCAGCAUCAAGGAGCGCAUGCUCUACUCCAGCUGCAAGAGCCGAUUGCUGGACACUGUGGAGCAGGAGUUUUGCCUGGAGAUCGCCAAGAAGAUCGAGAUCGACGAUGGAGCCGAGCUGACGGCGGAGUUCCUCUACGAGGAGGUGCACCCCAAGCAGCAUGCCUUCAAGCAGGCCUUUGCCAAGCCCAAGGGGCCUGUGGGCAAACGGGGACAGAAGCGGCUGAUCAAGGGGCCAGGCGAGAACGGCGAGGACAGUUAGAUCCCGCAGGACUGGGCAGUGAACGGACAGCAUCCCCGCGGCGCUUCCCAGCUUCCUCUCCGCUGACCUGGGGAUCUUUCCCUCCAUCUCAGCCUAUUGUUUUUUUUUCCUGCCCUUCUUUUUCCUAUUUCAUUCCUUUUUUUAAACAUCAGGAUGGCUUGUUGCACCUGGGGGCAGAGCGAUGGGGAGGGUUUGGGGUUGUUGGUGUUUCUUUUCCCUGCUUACUUGUGCAAGCCCCGGGGCUGCCGGAGGAGGAUGGGAGCAGCAGGGUUGUGUCCCCCAGCCUUGCUCCUGUCCCCCCCAGGGUCUCAGCCGCUGCCUUUGGUGUCCCCUGGGUGACUGAAGGACACACUUGCCUGCAAGCUGCUCUAUGCAAAGGGAAGGGGAUGGCGUUGGGGAUUCCUGUCUGAAAAGAGAAAACGCUUCUUUCCCUGCUCCCCCAGCCCCCAGAUUUUGCUCCCUUGUCCCACUCUAGGUGUGCACGGCCCCUCUGCCCCAGGCCUGGAGUGAUCCUGCACCCCCUCAGGGUGUGGGCAGGACCCUCCCUGCAGGGUGGGCUUUGCUGCAGGAGUUUGUCCCUGAGGGGAGCCGGGAGGUCCCCUCCAGUCCUGAGCUCAUCCUGGCCCUGGAGAAAGGUUGCUCUGUCUUUGGGCAAUGUUUGCAUCCCCUUUUUGAACCGCCCCAGUAAGGCUUUUUCCCCUCGGAGGGAGCUGUUACAGCCCUGACUCAGCCCUAUUGCUGUUUAGGAUGGGAGCCAGGGGGGCCCUGAACCUGGUGUGUGUCCCCCUUCCACAUACCCCAGUCCCCACCAUCACCCCCCUGGUUUGCUGCUGGCUCUCUGGUCUGAGGCAGCCCUGUGUCUUAAAAAUCACAUCGGCUACCCCAAAUCCUUGUGUGGGGAAGUGUGACAGCCCCUGCGUGCCCUCCCCCCCCGGGGAUGUCCCCGGCCACCAAGGGCUGUCACCAGCUCUAAGGGCCAAGCUCGGUGCUGCAGAUUAGGCUUUGCUGAGGGUUGGGGAAGGAGAGCACCUUGCUGCUGGGUA